GAGGGAGGGGCCAGGAAACUCACUUGUUGUGAUCUUUUCCUGAACUUGAGCAUUACUGGUCUUUCAUGCUCAGCGUGGCUUCCUUCCUCAGUUUACCAAGGCACAAGACGGGGAUACACAUACCAGAGCAUUGAUGAUUUGAAGAGAGGACGUGUGCAGUUACAGCGGCCAAGAGGGACUGUAUGAAAUCCUAAAAUCGAAUGGAUCCUCCUGACCGCCGGGCUGGAGCGAUCCAGAGAGAAGAUGCCAUCGACUCUGAUAUUCCAAUGCCUCUGAGAGAUGAUCUAGAUGGAUUACCCGCUUACUCACACCUGGCCCCGGAAAAUGAUGAGGAGCAUUUGUAUGAGAGCAGCUUGAGUGGACUCUUAAAUCUAGCUGCAUCCCAAGCCAAACCACAAGAAAAGCCUGGGAAUACCACACAAAGGACAAGAAAAGGUCCUCCACCACUUCCACCCAGACGCAGGCUCCCCAGUAUGCCAGUCCGACUACCCCCUCCUAUUCCCCCCAGGGUACCAGAACCUCUCAAGACUCUCAGAAAGCAGAUUUCCAGUGACCCCGGUGAGCCAGCUCACAGACUGAAUCGUUCCAAGACAGUAGUAGACCCUUAUGAUCCAUGGGCGAUCAAACUAGUAGAGUGUCCAGAGGGCAGCACCAGGGACCUGGCAUCUUUUUCUGCUGCAGUGUCCCAGCUGAUGUCACAGUACAAACACACGGACCAGAUUCACAACUCGGGUAUAGUGUGGAGUCGCUUAUUACAAAUCCACCCCUCCCUGCUGGAGCAGGUGGAGGUGGAAGUCCGAGUGUGUACUGCCCAGCACCCUGUUCUGCUUCCCCUCCCCACCACCGUGAACAAGCCGGUGAAGGAUCUGAUUGAAACAAUCUUCGAGCUGCUAGACCUCUAUCCCAACACAAGUGGGGAUUAUGUUUUAAAACUCUGUGACUCUGAUGAGUAUCUAAGAAGUGACGAACUCCUCGGCAGGCAUGAAACAGUUCAGAUGUACCACAAGCUAAAUCUGCCGAUCGACCUGCGACUGUUCCACGUGGGGGAACUCAAACGCCACCUGGCCCGAGAUGCUGAAGAUGACAGUAGUCCAUGCCAGCUGUAUCAGUUCCUGGGCCCUACCAGCGUCUACAGCACCAGCAAGCUCAGCCUGGAGGAUGUGCUCAACGAGUACAAAAAAGAGGUGACAGACCUCAUGAAUAAUAAGUCUGCUCUGAACAUGAGCUUAGUGGUGAACAGCGCUCGCACCGUCUCCAAUCUCCUGUUUGGACUCUCAUGCCAAGAGUUGGAGGACGCCAUCGGUGUGCUCAACAGAAUCAGCCCCCAAACUCUGAGUUAUGAUGUGAUGUCUGAGUGUGAAGAAGCCGUGACCAUGCUCCACGGGGCGCUGCUGAAAAUGCUGCAGAUAUACUUUGACAACUUCCAGUCAGACUUCAAAGUCCAAGGAAUAAUCGGGUGCCCACAAACCUGUGAUGUUGACAAAAACUACGACAUCUUGCAAUUCAACAUUGCAACUUUCUACAGGCUCCAGCCUACCUGGAUCAACACUUAUGAGAGCUUUUCUGUUUCGUGUGACUUGAUGUACGGGGAAACAAUCAGUGAAACUGGUAUUUCUGAAAACAUCAGCACCGCCUUGUCAUAUGGAAACAAGAUCCAGUGUAACCGCAUGAUGGCAUUCAAAGUGCGAGUAAAUGAGCUGCCGUACGAGUGCAUGCUGAUGUUUCGCCUCAGGGGCUCCAAGCGAGGCAAAAGCCCGGAGCUGUUGAGCUGGGCUGUGCUGCCUCUGUACAGCGACUGGACCCUUGUAAGAGGAACCGUCCUGCUCAGUAUGUCCACUGGACCCGAGCUGCCUUUCCCUCCCUCCCCUGCCCUGUCUGACAGCCACAGACAGGCCGUGAAUGUUACACUGCAGCUGGAGUUUCACGAUGAGUGCGAGUGGGAGUAUCGGAGGCCCAUCGCCCUUCCAGGGUCAAGCAUCUUCUGCCAGCCUUGUGAUGAACUGGAGAAGAAAAUUGUGACUGUUUCUAGGAAGCAGUGCCUCUGCUUUCUCACAAAAAAUGAGAGGGCUUUCCUGUGGAGUAAACGCUACAACACCGUCAAAGGAAGCACUUUCCUUCACCUGCUGCUCAGUGGAGUCCCCCAGUGGCAGCCCGAAGACCUGACGGAGAUCUAUACUAUUGUAGACAACUGGCUCAUACACCUGCCUGAAGAAGCUCUGUUCCUGCUCACCGACAGUUUCCCUGAUGAAACCGUUCGAAAGACAGCAGUUCAGUACUUUAAACAAAUACCAGACGGAGAGCUGGAAGUCUUCCUUCCACAGUUGGUCCAGGCUCUGAAAAACGAGUGGAAACUGGAUUCACCUCUGGUGAUGUUGCUGUUGGAGAAAUCUGUGAAGAACAUCCGGAUCGCACAGCAGCUCUACUGGCGGCUGGAAGACGCCCAAAACGACCCCUACUACCAGAGCUGGCUGUGUAAAGUUCAGGCUGCGCUGCGGCAUUGUUGUGGUCAAGCACUGAGGCGGGAGCUGGAGCGGGAGGCGUGCCUGGUGCAGGUGCUCGUGCAGGUGGCUGAAAAGGUUCGCACUGCGGAAAAGGCUCAGCGCAAGAACGUUUUGAACAAAGAAAAGAGUAAGAUUGAUGACUUCUUCCAAGGUGGAGUCACCUGUAGUCUACCGCUGGAUGCCGCAGUCUGCGUGAAGGGCGUGAACCUGGAUGCUUGUAAGUUCUACAAUUCCAACGCUGCUCCUCUGGAUAUCUCCUUCAUUUGUAACGACCCUCUGGCCAAGAACCUCAGCGUCAUUUGUAAGACAGGAGACGACAUGAACCAGGACAUGCUGGUACUUCAAAUAGUCCGUGUGAUGGACUCAGUGUGGCGCCAGGAAGGACUGGACCUGCAGAUGAUCACCUACAAGUGUCUGUCGACGGGCAAAGCUCAGGGACUGGUGGAAGUGGUGCCUGAAGCGGUGACCUUGAGGAAGAUUCACCAGGAGUUUGGCCCAGGUGGGCCGCUUCGGGAGGACACGCUGGAGAAAUGGUUCCACAUGCAAAACAAAACUAAGGAGGGCUAUGAGAAGGCUGUGACGACCUUCAUCCACUCAUGUGCAGGAUGGUGUGUGGCCACGUUCAUCCUGGGGAUCUGCGAUCGCCACAAUGACAACAUCAUGCUGAAACGCAGUGGCCACAUGUUCCACAUCGAUUUCGGCAAAAUCAUGGGCAAUGCGCAGAAAUUUGGAGGCAUUAAAAGGGACCGGUCGCCCUUCAUCUUUACAUCUGAGAUGCUUUACUUCAUCACAGGCGGGGGUAAGAACCCUCAGCGCUUUCAAGGCUUUGUGGACCUCUGCUGUAAAGCUUACAACAUAAUCAGGCAGCGAUCUGCACUGAUACUCAGCCUGCUGGAGCUGAUGCUUCGUGCAGGGAUGCCAGAGCUGAAGAACUCCAAUGACCUGCAGUAUGUCCAGAAGAACCUCCGACCUCAUGACACAGACCUGAAGGCCACUGUCUACUUCACGGAGAAAAUCCAGGAGAGCGUGGAUUGUGUUUCAGUCAAGUUCAACUUCCUCACCCAUACGAUGGCCCAAGGGAAGAAACAAGAGUCUGAAGUGCAGGAAAAGAUCCCCACUCCCAGCACCAACAUCCAAGGGGCCGUCAUUAUGGGCUUCUCUGUCGAGGGGAAAGACGUGAUCUAUAACCUGAAAAUAACCAUUGAUGAUGGCUUUCUGAACAGAGGGAAGACCUUUGGGGAGUUAGAACUCUUCCAUAAAAAGCUUCAGAAAUCAUUCUCUCAUGCUAAGCUGCCUCAGUUUCCUACUUGGUAUCAGAUGUCAUUCACCCCACAAAGGAAAACGAUUCUGUUGAAUAAAUACCUAGAUGAGCUCUUUAAGGGACCAUGCAAGGGAAAUGAGUACGUGUGCAGCUUGUUUCUGGAUGGCCCCAACACGGUGUACGAGAGUCUGGCAGCCCGUCCCGAGAUCCAGCUGCAAAUUUCUUAUUCUGACAACAAGCUCUCUGUUUUGGUUAAACAUCUGAAGCACAUUAAGCAUGCAAACGGCUCCAAUCCCGACCCCUACGUGGUCAUGCAGCUGAAAACUGACGGUGAGCAGAGCUCCAAGAAGAAGAAGACGAAUGUGGUCAACAACAACGAAAACCCAACCUUCAACAAGCUGCUGGUGUACGAGCCUGUUCCACUGCUGUAUGGGACGGUGCUGGAGGUGGCGGUGAAGAGCAAGAAGAUGCUAUUGGCUGAGACUGAGAUCACGCUUGAUGAGGAACUGCUUGGCAAGGAUAUAUGGUUCCCCCUCAGGAACUAUGUGUCGAAAAGUGUCUUUUUUGUAUAAAAGACGGAAGCAAAGUUCAGAGGACUGCACUGCCGGCCUGAUGCCAGCAGGGGGAGCCACCACACUAAGUGAGCAACAUUUAGACGUGGAUGUAAUUUUUUUAUUUUUUUUUUAUAAACUGUUAAGGGAGCCACAUGUCACCAGAAGGAACGAUGCAAUGCACCCUGGACACUGACUAUUUCUGACAUGCAACUUAACCUCACAUCACAGGUAAACACCAUGCCACGGACCGAGGCGUCUGGCCGGAGUUACAAAGCUGAGUCAAAGAUCAAGGAGUCUGGUCACUUAAGAAUAAUUGAUCCUGUAUUAUUUACAUGUCAGUCAAAUUGAUUCCACUGGAAACUUUUCUUCAUCCCAGUUGCACUUUCACUUUCCUGUUUAACUGAUUUUUCUCACACACAUCAAAUCAGUGUGUGCAAAUCUUCGUCUGGCGUGGACUGUUUAAUGCAGAUGAAGGAGGAUGUGAUGUUCAGGGGGUGUUACCUGCAGAGGCUGAGUGUGUGUGGGCCCCUUCAGGCUGCGUCGACUCCAAGUCCUUGACCGGUGGAGCUGCAGAGGGGGGAGGCGGGAGAGUGAGGGAUGGGGGGGGGGGAGUGUGUGAGCAGAUUGACAACUCAGCUUCUCUGACCCGAGGGGCUCACUUAACAGUCUCCCCCUCACGCUGUCCUUUGUCUUAUCCAUCAGCGGCAUUCAAACACAGUCGGGUGCGUGCAUGCACGGACACGCAAAGGCAGACAGACAGUCACACGGCGAGACGUGAAAACACACCUCCGCACAUGCACGCCCACUCGGACCGAUGCAGGUCUCUCAUGUUAUCUUAAUGCCAUUCCCGUCCCGACAAGCCUGCUGACCCACUAUUUCCUUUACCUCGUUUAAAGGACUCGGCGGUAGGAGUAAGCCAGGAUAGAAAUAGAUUUCCCUGCACUGGAUUAGGUUUAAUAAUAUAUACCUCUUUUGUGGCUAUUUAUAUUAUUCCCUGGUGUGUCUCUUACUGGGAAAUAGGAUUGAACAAACGAAAAUGCAGGUUGCUCCCGUUUGAUAAAUGUUCUUAUGGAGUAUUCAUUUACCUCUCUCACCCGUGUCAUUCCCAUACCGUCAUACCAUCAAUCGCUAAAGUUGGCCCCCUCUCUUUUAAAGUUUUUGUGUGUAUGUACAGUUUGUAUGUGUGUGUGUGUGUGUGUGAGAGAGAGAGAGAGAGAGAAAACAUAAUAAAUAUCAUCUGAUCACACGAGUCUUAGUGGGAGGCAAACUGAACCUCGGAAGAAUAACAAUUUCUCACGGUUCCAUUACUUAUUUAAAGAAAUAAAGGCUAAAAGAACAAAAAUAUGUGGGCCAUAGUGAGCAUCCUUCGACUGCUUGUACAGAAUUUAAAGGGAUAAGUUUGAGCCCGUUACUGCUAAUCUUCAGCCCUUGAUGUAGUGAUAAUCAGCAGAAGUGGAAACUCCAUAAAAACAGAUGUUUUGGCAGUUUGCUGAUCUGCAGAAUUUCAGUGUGUGUGUGUGUAUAUGUAAUGCUGAGAUUUAAAAAGACAUGAACAAUGUAAAUCAAUUCUAAAACCUUUCCAAACCAUUUGGAGUUCAACUUUAUGGUGAAAAAUAUUCUGAAACUGGAAAGCGUUCAGAUCGCUUGCCAGUCUCUACAGGUGUGGGCGUUCUAGAUAAUUCCUUUUCACAAUUCAACCCAACGUCAUGUGCAAAAGUCCAAAAACCCAAGAAAUCCCCCCAAAAAUCCAACAGCUACUGUAUAUGUUGGACUUUACAGGCAUCACUGACCGUGUUAACUGUUAAAGUC